UAUCCUUGCUACGGCCGCCGGUAGCGAUGCUGACCAUUGCGUUGGACGGCUUGAGCGUCGCAAAUCUCAUAUUGUGGUUCAACCAGCGCACGACUCAAAUUCGCACGUUCGACAUCCGUGAGGUGGAGCUCCACGUGCGAGCGAAUGUGCGAGCGAACAUGACAUACACUAUUCGCUCGCCGCAGGUAUGCAUAUAUCCAGUCGAUCAGCACUCUUCUCCUGUCUCCAUCCAAUCCCAUCCCUUCAUCCAAUCCCAAUCUUCAAUCAUGAGAGAAAGCUACGACAUGAAAGACCUCAUCGCCAGGCUCAACGCAGAACGAGCCGCCAAAGAAGCCGCCGAACAAGCCGCCGAACAAGAGAUCAUUCGGCACAAUCUCGAGGCACACAACGAGAUUGCUCAAUGGGUUGAGACCGUCAGGCGCGCCUCCACGGACGCUGCGAGCCAGGAGAUGCGUCCAGAUGGGCACCAACCAGCAGCACCGCCCAACUUCUCCGCCGACGCCACGCCGAUGGCCAUCCGGCCUAAUCUCGACAACUCUGCCCGGGCCCGUCAAGAGGGCGACGUCUACCAGCUCCCCGCCAUCAGAGCUGACAGCCAGGAGAUGCUCCGCGGUGGCCAGGAGCUGGUGCCGCACGCUCUCUUCAACGAUCCGGCCAGCCAACAGCAGGCUGGCGCCGCCCAGUACCCCUUGAUCGAGGCUGGUUGUCUGGAGAUGCAGCCCGACGGACAGGCAGCCCUGCGGUACGAUCUCGCCAUGCGCAAUCGUCUCGGAUCUGGCCCUGUCGACGCUCAAGGCCUCUCAGGGAUGGCCGUCGACCAGGAGAUGCGCCCCAUCAUCCACCACACGACGGCGCCAAACCUAUCGACGAGCCUGCUCAACACGCCCGUCAACCUUCAGUGGCCGCCGCAGCGCCAUCCGACUCUCCCUUCACUCUGGGACGUGCACUUUGAGAUGACAAUGGAUGCAGUGCGCGGCACUGAGCAGAAUGGGUUGGACAUGGCUCGUCUUCCGUGCAUUGAUGGAUUGGACAGGUGGGGUCCGAACGCUUGGAAUUAG